AUGAAAGGAGCCGGUGGCUCGGCGUCAGAUUCUAUCGCCUUUCAUGCCAAGUGAAAUUGGCCAAUCAAUCAAUCAAACCGGCAGUGCAUCUCGAGCAAGCGUCGAUAAUGAAGUGUCUACUGCUGUGUGCGAUUUUGGUUUCUUGCUUUUGCUUCACUAUUUCGGAAAACCCGGAGGAACACAUAGUCGGUGGUAAUGUGGCGACCAGCAAGCUGUUCCCGUGGAUGAGCCUUGUUGAGGCGUUUUGGAAAGGCCAAGUGUUUUCGUACUGCGGAGGCGCCCUAAUUUCACGUGAUUACGUCCUGACCGCAGCUCAGUGUGUUGUUGGAUCCACAAGUUUGACGAUUUGGCUCGGCGCCCACAAUAUUUCUGCACCCACUGAGUUCGGAAGGGUUAAAUUAUACGGAGACGUAUUCUUUGUUCCCGACGGUUACAAUGACGUUUUUUACGACGAUGACAUUGCUUUAGUACAUUUGGCAAGACCAGUUACCUUAUCACCUUACAUCAACUUUAUUGGGCUUUCUACAGACCAGGAAUUAGAUUUCACUCCUGGGAACGCAGGUGUUGUUCCCGGAUGGGGAUUUAUUAGGCAAGGUGCAAACAAGAUGAACGACGUUUUGAUGUAUUCCUUCAAUGAAGUGGCAGCCACGUCUGUGUGUGAAACUAGAUAUGGUGCGGGGUGGAUGACUCCCAAGAAAGCGUGCGUUAGCACCACUGGAGGAAGAGGACCGUGCUAUGGAGAUGCCGGAGGGCCCCUUGUAAAGCAGCUAGAGGACGGCACUUUGCAGGUCAUGGCUAUUUUCUCUUUUCUGGACACAGAUUCGUGCAUCAAAGGAUUCCCGGUCGGUUUCACCAAAGUGGCCCCUUACCUGGAGUGGAUGUACAACGUCUCCGGAAUACAACCUUUUAGACAACCAGCAGCCCAUCAAAUUCAUCACUAAUUUUGAAAUAUCAUCAAUUUACAUAAUUAUUUAAUCCUCUUGCGGAAAAAGUGAGGCUUAUAUUUGUGAGAUAAUUAUUUUUAGGCCGCUAUGAAUAAAAAAAAACUAGCAAUUUAUUAGUUAGAUUAGUAACUUUUGACUAAUCGCCUUUACGUAGAAUUGCGUUUCGAGACACGAGAUAUUUGAGACAAAACUGGUGUAAAAAAGUUGAGAAAUAUUUAUUAGCUGUCAAUAGUGAUCAAAUAAAUUCAGUGGGAUUGGUUUAAGAA